AGUGUGCCCUUACUUACUCUUGAUUAUUUUAUCAAAACAGUACCAGUCGUGGCCGUGUCUUCUUUACAAACGCAAUGAAAAUUGAACGUAAGAUAGCAUGUUUUUUCUUCAUAUUUGCAUCGGUUUACUUCUUGGAAUCCAUCGGAGGAUUUUAUAUGACCAGCGCGGUUGUAUACAUCGAAAAACAGUUUCAAAUUCCCUCACGACUUAGCGGUACAAUGGUUUCUGCUGGAGAUUUUGCCUAUAUUCCUGUAGUCGUCUUCACCAGUUAUUUUGGUGGGAAGGGAAACCGAGCUCGAUGGAUUGGCGGCGGUUGUAUGCUGAUAGCAAUCGCUAACCUGUUGAUCAGCUCCUCGAACUUCCUUUUUCCCGUAGAGACCUUUCACGUAAACAGCAGUUAUAUUCCAAACUCUUUGGGCUACGAAGUGAACAGAUUUAUGCUGAAUAUAUCCACAGAUUCAGAAUGGUUCUCAAAAACUCUAAAAGAAGUCGAUCCCACUGACAUCAUUCUUAGCGCAAAUGUUGGUCCGCUCCACACUAAUAACAGCAAAAAAUUCAUCAAAUACCGCUCUUUUUGUUAUAACAACAGCAACUCAAAAAUAUGCGACAAAAUGGAGAGUCGAAUUUCGGAGAAGCACGCUAUUGACGAAAGCGAUGUUUCAGCCGUACGUGUGCUUACGUCGUUGCCGUACUCAUUCUGUCACAAUGUUAUCAAUAAACUGAGACAAGAACACAUAGCAGACGAGUGCAAAAAGGAGACGUCAAGUUUGGGUCCUUUUAUGAUGAUUUUUGGAGGACUGAUGCUUCUUGGCGUAGGACGAACAAUGCCAUUUUCACUGGGUUUGCCGCUCAUGGACGACAAUGUCAAGAAGAGCAAUCUUCCUCUAUUUUUUGCUUGUAUGUUUUUUGUGAGAAUUCUUGGUCCAGUUAUUGGUUUACUAAUUGGAAGUAAACUAAACGAAAUCUACUACACAUUUGAUCCCCCCCGAGGACUCACUCCAUUGGACCCCAUGUGGAUCGGCUGCUGGUGGUUAGGAUUUCUUAUCUUUGGUGGCGUGCUGUUUUUCCCAUCUCUUGCGCUAUUUCUUUUCCCUUCGGAUAAUCUUGAUGAAGCUGAGUUUGAAAAGGCCAAACCCAACGAUGAAUCAAAACCUUUCAAGCCAGGAAAGAGGUUGAAUCUGUUUGAUAAGCACAUGCAAGUACGCAGAGAACGCACCACCGCUAAGGAAAAAGCUCAAGAAUUCAUUGAUGUUGUUCGUGGCCUGCUUCGGAAUCCUAUUUAUGCUGGUGCUUGUUUGGGAAGAAUUAUCGAUGUACUGGCAUUCAAAGGAUUCUUUGUAUUUCUCGCGAAGUAUUUGGAAAUACAAUUUGGUGUGCCACAGUUUAUAAUACAAAAGUAUCUAGCAGGGACUGGAGUUGUAAGCUUUGCUUUGGGUGUCUCCGUCGGCAGUUUUUGCAUGAAAAAGUUUCGAUUACAAGGCAGACAAGCUGCCCUGUGGGUUGCUACUUGCUCUCUCGUUGCUGCUAUGGUACCAGUACUGAAUGCCUUCGUUGGAUGCAAAUCUGUCAUUGGCGAGAUUGGAGUUAAAGCAGUAGCAAACAACUUCACUUUUCCAUCAUGUCGACCAGACUGCUUAUGUGAUGGAAUGCCUUUUUAUCCAGUUUGUAAUAACAAGGGGGACAUCUUUUACUCGCCAUGUCAAGCAGGAUGCCCACUUAGCGGAGCUAACUUCACUGUCUUCAGCAAGUUAGAAAAAGGCACGCCGUUGGUGUUUACCGAGUGUGAAUGCGCUAAUAGUGACAACUUUGCUGUAAGCAGAGAUUAUUGCCCCGUUGAGCAUUGUAACAGUCAGUUCAACACAUUCUUCAUCUUUCAAGCGAUUGGUGCUAUAUUUGCUGGACUAUCAGUGGUACCUGGAAUGCUCAUAGUUUUGAGGUGUGUUCCUCCAGAACAUCGCAGCAUAUCGCUGGGAUUUAGUGGCUUCCUCGUCAGCCUUUUAGCCACGUUGCCCUCACCUGUACUCUGGGGCAAGAUAAUUGACAUGAGCUGCUUGGUGUGGCAGGAUGUAUGCAGCACGACUGGAGCCUGUGCAAUUUACGAUACCGACGAGCUGCGAAUUCGAAUUCAUGCCAUUUACGCCUGUCUACGAGCAAUAUCUCUGUUCUCCGACGUUUGGGUGGUGUAUUGGGCCAAAGGUCUCAAACUGGUCGAGGACGUUGAGGGAAAAAAGGAUGACUUAACUUCAAAGGAACUUGAACCGCUAAAUAAAGAGGAGAACGUGCACUCCAAACCUCAUGUCCUAGACGAAAGACUUUUGAAAGACUGACUUUGCGAUGUGAGAGUAAUGUUAAUCAGAGCGGGUAGGUUUAAAGAGAUUGUAGAGCUUCUUCAAACUUUUCACCUGAGAAUUGCGACUACUUUCUACAGAUUUUGAACCCUGACUCUACAAAAGCAUGGUGUAAACGCAGAUUUUUUUAAUCUUGAAAGUUUCCCAAACUUGAGUUUUCCAGCUAACAACUUGUUGCUCUUAUUGUUAGCUAUCUGUUACAAGCAUGAAACCCAAAAAUUGAGCUAUAGUAAAAGCAUUGAUGUUGCGAUGUCAGAAUAAAGUUAAUGCUCUUAGUUCAUAUUUUAAGUUUUAUCUCCUGUCACUUGUGUAUUAUGUGUGAAAUGCUUGGCA